CAAAAGAAAAGGGAGUAAUGCAAAACGAAGCAGAUGAUUGUGGAAAAUUGGGCAAAAUAUUUGUAAUUUUAUCAAUUUAAAAACGUGUGAAAAAAAUGUGAAACAAAUAUUUUUAAAAAUUAAAGUAAAGAAUUUCAUCCCAUAAAGAGUGUAGUCCUUGAAAAACAUUUGGUAUAUAGUGCUUUAAGAAGAAAAAUCGAAAGAACGAAGUAAAGGCCAACAAAAGAGAAACGCAAUUAGCAAAAAGUUACAGCUACAAAGAAGUACAAAUUAAAUUAUUCGUCAUCAAUAUAUUGCCGUUGAACGAUAAAAAAAUAUACAUACACUUUUGUUAUUAAACGAAAUAUUCUGUUAUCAGUCAUAGUGGCGUAAAAUCAAAAAGGCCAAGGCAUCGCCUAGAGUACAAGAGCCCCCAAAAAAAGAAAUAAUCAUUAAAACAACAACAACGCUGAAGAAGAUUGUCUACAGGAAAAAUUAAUUACCCACUGCAGCGUUCACGCGACAGAAAUUGUACACACAGAAUAGGUGUUGAAAGCAAGCAGGGAUCCGAAGAUGUCGUCAGCACCUUACAACUAUAACUAUAUUUUUAAGUAUAUAAUCAUCGGUGAUAUGGGAGUAGGCAAGUCAUGUCUGCUUCAUCAGUUCACAGAGAAGAAAUUUAUGGCGAAUUGCCCACACACGAUUGGUGUGGAGUUCGGUACGCGCAUCAUUGAGGUAGAUGAUAAGAAAAUCAAAUUGCAAAUCUGGGACACUGCGGGUCAAGAGCGUUUUCGUGCCGUAACACGUUCGUACUAUCGUGGUGCCGCUGGUGCGUUAAUGGUAUACGAUAUUACUAGAAGAUCUACUUAUAAUCAUCUCAGUAGUUGGUUAACUGACACACGUAAUCUCACAAAUCCAAAUACUGUGAUCUUUUUAAUUGGCAACAAAUCAGACCUUGAAAGUACACGCGAGGUAACAUACGAAGAGGCCAAAGAGUUUGCCGAUGAAAAUGGUUUAAUGUUUUUGGAAGCAAGCGCUAUGAGUGGUCAAAAUGUUGAAGAAGCAUUUCUCGAAACCGCACGUAAAAUAUAUCAAAACAUUCAAGAAGGUCGACUCGAUUUGAAUGCUUCCGAAUCGGGCGUACAACAUCGACCUUCACAGCCGGGACGAACUUCGCUAACAAACGAAGCACCAAAUACAAAAGAUCAAUGCUCAUGUUAAGCACGCAUACUUUCUUCAUUUCCAUUAAUUUUCUCGUUUUGUGUAUGUAUGUAUGUAUUAUGAUUAAAUAUUUUCUUCGUUUAAUUAAGUUUAAUUGUAACGAAGCAAAAUGAUGUGUAGAAACAAAACAAAAAUUGCUAUUACCUAAGUAAAAAAAUUAUACCAGAUAAAUGAUAAUUAUUACCAAAUAUAUAUACACACGUUUAUAAACUAGAAAACGUAAAAUCAAA